AACAAUAAUGUGCUAAGACAUAGUUUUGUCAAGUUGUUCUUCUUAGUCAGUGCUUCUCUUGGUUAGGUUAAACCUAGUGAUCCUGCUAAUCUAAUGCAAAUGGCGCAGACUACUCAAAACAAUGACCCCACCUUUGCCAUUUAUGGCCCAUCAACUUCAGAAGAGAGUGCCUUUACACAGAUAAACACACCCCCAAAAACUAUUGUCCCGACCAGGUAUAAAAGCAGAGCAGCCUCAGGGCGUACAGGACUCUGAUCCCAUUCUACAAACAACAAGCAGGAAGAUGGUGAACUUGGGUUGCCAGCUGCCCACCUUUGUCCCAGCUGGUGGCACUGAGUACCAAGGUUUUUUUAAAAGCACAACUUACCUGGCGAAGAUUGCACUUAUUCUUCAAGGCGCUCCAGACAAAAUGCUGACUUUCAACCAGCUGAUGUACAGAUUGGCUCCACUGAUGCCUGAAGAUAGAAAAUCUGUAGAGGUCAACAUCAGAGUCUGCCUCUCCAGCAGCAAAUGUUUUGUUAAGGUCCCACUGACUCCUGGGUCCCAGAACAGUAAAAAGAACUACUGGAAACUGGACACAAAGCAGAUCACAGAGAAGAUGGUGCGCCGUCACUUCAGAGGGAUCCUGGAGUUCUUCCCCGAGUUGGCCUCAAAACUCCAAACUCAAAUUCAACCACCAGAGAAGAGGGUUUCAGUCUACUCAUCUGAAGAUGCCUGCAAAGUCAAAUGUAAAGUCAAGUUUAGCAGUCCUUUUUCUAUUGAAUCUAUUCUACGGAGGGAGAGUCCACGUGCCAGGACCCCCACACCUUCUCCUCUGUCCACUGUCACAUUCAGAGCAGAGCAGCAAUCUGGACUGUCUCACAGGGGGGUAAAAAGAACCGUGAACUGUGAAACAGAGGAGCUUGACCGUUCAUUUGAACCUUCCCCCAUGUGGCCGGUAGGGGGCAGCACACACCACGGACUCUGUUCACCUAGAGCUGCAAAAAUCAUAAAGAGGAAUCACGAGAGCAAUGAGCCCACAUUCGCCAUGAACAUCAGCGGAGCCGGCUCUGGUCCCUAUUUCAGCAGCCCUCACAGCAUCCACAACACUUACUCUGCACCAAUUCUGUGCCAUAGCAUUUUUAGAUCCUGGGUGUAAAAUUAACUGUAAAAUUUCCA